GCACACGCGUGCUCCGGGCGAGGGCGAGCAUGGGGCAGACCGCAGCUCCCCGGAGCCCAGCCUCCCAGCUGGAAAGUGCCCGCGUGUCGCUCAGGAGCGCGGAACCAAUGCGAGCCUUGGAGGAGGUCUGCUCCGCGCCCCGCGCAGAUCGGUGCUGAUGGUGCUUGCCAGUUGUGUGUCUGCGCGAGAAAAAACCCGAGACGCUGCCUGCCUGCUCCCUCUGUCUCCUGCUCUCUCCCUCCCUUUGCAAACAUUGGAUUUAAACCUGCUCAGAAUUCAGCACAGAGGAAGGCGGCAGCGGCAGCAGCGGCAGCCGGCCCAGCCGCGGGGACACCGCAGCCUCAAGAUGCACCACCCCGCCUGCUGGAUUGUCUUCUCCGUGACGACCGCCCUGCUCUUCAUCCCAGGAGUGCCCGUGCGCAGCGGAGAUGCCACCUUCCCCAAAGCGAUGGACAACGUGACGGUCCGGCAGGGGGAGAGCGCCACCCUCAGGUGUACCAUAGAUGACCGGGUCACCCGGGUGGCCUGGCUGAACCGUAGCACCAUCCUCUACGCCGGGAACGACAAGUGGUCCAUAGACCCUCGUGUGAUCAUCCUGGUUAACACGCCAACCCAGUACAGCAUCAUGAUCCAGAACGUGGACGUGUACGACGAGGGCCCGUACACCUGCUCCGUGCAGACGGACAACCACCCCAAGACCUCCCGAGUGCACCUCAUCGUGCAAGUUCCUCCCCAGAUCAUGAAUAUCUCCUCAGACGUCACUGUGAAUGAGGGGAGUAGUGUGACCCUGCUGUGUCUUGCUAUCGGGAGACCUGAGCCAACGGUGACGUGGAGACACCUGUCAGUCAAGGACGGCCAGGGCUUUGUGAGUGAGGACGAAUACCUGGAAAUCUCUGACAUCAAACGUGACCAGUCCGGGGAGUAUGAAUGCAGCGCCUUGAAUGAUGUUGCUGCCCCUGAUGUGCGGAAAGUAAAAAUCACUGUCAACUACCCGCCCUACAUCUCCAAAGCCAAGAACACGGGUGUCUCUGUUGGCCAGAAGGGCAUCUUGAGCUGUGAAGCCUCUGCAGUGCCCACGGCUGAGUUCCAGUGGUUCAAGGAGGAUACCAGGCUGGCCACCGGCCUGGACGGCGUGAGGGUCGAGAGCAGAGGCCACAUAUCCACACUGACCUUCUUCAACGUCUCAGAGAAGGAUUAUGGGAACUAUACCUGUGUGGCCACGAACAAGCUUGGGAAUACCAACGCCAGCAUCACACUGUAUGAUAUUGGCAUCUUCAAAAUGACCUAUCAGCUUCUCAUGCGAAAGCCAAUGAUCUCACAGGCUAACAACAUAGAAAAGCAAUAUGUCAUGGACUGUCUGGAAUGUGCUAGCCCAUCUACCCAAAGUAGAUACUGGUAAGAGAUGGGCAAAAGUAGCAAUCGAAUGAUCGGUCACUCACUCUUCCCAGCAGAGACGACUGUGUAUUGAGAAACACCUUCUUGGGAAGCAGAUCAGCCUUGGCAAAGCCUUGAUGAGUAUCGUGUUUUUUCUUUCUUACCGGAAGGACAAGGUGCCAAAAUUCAUGUUUCUCUCAGCCUUUCAAGAAAGUGCAUGCCAGGAAACUAUGGGACUGUGCUUAACAGCAAGAAGGUGAGAGAAAAAACACACCUCUGUCUCUGCAGUGUGAAGAGAGCCGUCCAUCUGAGUGGGAUGACUUCUGCUAUUGUCUCCUCUCUCCUCCAGUUUUGGUUUCAUCUGUUUGAAAACUAUCCAGUAAAAAGCUGAUGAAAGCCAAUUACAUGGCGGGUGUGUUGACAACUCUGGUAUAUGUUUCAGGAAGCUCUUCUGAGCUGAGGGCACUUGAGCAACUGACAAUUUCCAGGCACUUGAUUAACACAACACUGCAAACAGAAGGGGAAAGUGACACACAAUUUCCUCGGGUACAGGCUGCUUCUCCAGGAGCUUUGGAGAAGAAUGCCCUCAGCUCUCCAUGGUCAGAACAGAUCUUUCCAGAACACAAAGAAGAGCUGACCUGAUCUUUCUGUAUUGUCUCCUGGGACAAGAAGGACUCAGCCAGCAAGUGUGCCAGGGUUGCAAGACGAUGGCAUUGGAAGCCUGCAGGGCUGUGCCCUUGUCCUGUGCUGCAGGGAGUGACCUGCUGAGGAUGAGCAGGUGUGUCAACAGUGACUGUCUCCCAGACCUGCUGGAGACCCGCUGGAAAACUCUUGCAGCUCCACAGUCUAAAACAUGAGAAAUACCAGCUCCACAGAGUUCCGUUCCUUCGAUGCUUAAUUGAUCUUCUUCCUCUGAAAUGUGGCCUCUUUGUUUUUGUCCGUUAUGGCACAUGAACAUGCCGUACGCAGUGGAGAAACACACACACACACGUAGGCUGUCUUGGCGUACAAAAAGCUAGGCGCUUCCUUAAGAGAGCUGGCAUGAAUGAAAUUAAUAUUACACUUUCCAGCUGUAAACAGACAUCUGCAUUUCCCAGGGAGUUGCCAGGAGCCAGACUGGGGGAACGUAAAUGAUGUGCCAAAAGCAGUGUGUGGAUUUCAAGUUCCAGGGACAGUCGAGAACAGGCAUGGAGUCAGAAUUAAAGGUCAGACAUCAGUGUUUCAGGCCUGUCACCACACGGGGGUCCGGGAGCCAGGCUGGUGUCAGACACUGAAGGAGUGUUUAAUGUGUCAUUUGAAUGUUCCGCUGAUAAUACUCUUGUUCCUUUGGAGUAAAAUAAGUGUGGAGGCUGUGGAGACGGUACCGUCUUGGAGAACGCGGUGCUUGAAACGGACAAGCUGGGCAUAUUCCUCACUCCAGGACUUGAUCUAGAGGAAGGCGCCCGUCCUCCUUCAGCCAGGAGGAUCCAGAACCUUCCAAGCACAAUGAGCCUGGGUCUCAGACUCACUGUGGAACUCCGUGCAGCCUCUUCCACUGGAUACUGGGAAGCAUGUCUGGUAGUUACAGGUUCCAGCCCUGUUUCAGAGGGAAAGACUCCUACCGUUAAUCCUCAGCUGUCUGGGAUAAAGAAAACCAAGGAAACAAGACCCAAGAAAUGGGGCAGUGGGAAAGGAAACCCUUCUGCACAACAGACAUACUCCAGCUUCUGGGUUGUUUGGGUUCCUCUGGUGGGGACGGCUCCAUAGGACAGGAGCUGUUACCCAGCAUCUUGAAGCACAUAGAGCAGCAAACGCUUACUAACGACACUAUCCACGCUCACUUUACAUAUGGCAGGCAGAUGGAUAAGGCCUGCUGGAGAGAGUUUUUUCGAGGUGCCAGUGAUGGGGGCGGGGGUUAGGGUAGAGGAGGAAAAAAUGAGUUAUCGAGUCUCUGAGGACGUGUGGCUCUUCAUAGGUUUUGCACGUGGGAAGGAAACCGAAUAAGGCUUAUCAGGAAAUCAGGUGAGAGGAACUCCUCAGCUAUGUAGGUACUCUGAAACCCUCCCCCUUCCAAGACCAAGUUAAUAUGUAUUCCCACCAAAGUAAUUCCAAUGCCAGUGCUAGUGUUAAGGCCCUGGCCAAGCUUGUUUUUCAGUAGUUUCAUGUCAAGUGCCUGAUACAGUCUUCUGCAAGUUGAAGAAAAUGCAUUUAGUUUUUCUCAUUCUUGUUUUAACUGGGGGAGGGAGGCCAUACAGGCGAGUGGUGGUCAAAACGUGCACCUGUUUCCUACAGAGAGAUGACGUGUGGCUGUUGUGUUAUAGUUGUAUUCACCUAAACAGAAGGGAAGUUCAGGCUUUGUAUCACGAAGAGGCCUGGGGCUCUUUCCUCUGAAAGCCAUGCCUCACGCUAGACAAUUCAUUUCACACGUUGGUCAGUUAGUUCUCAAAACCUGGGUGGGAAGUGUCCUCUGGGACUCGGGACAAGUCCACAGCCAAGGAUGAGUUCAAGGAUGUGUCUCUGCAUCAAUGCAGCCACUUGCUCUCCACAUGGAGGAGUUGGUGAUCUCUCCUUAUGCCGGGAAAAGUCACGUGAGCAGAGUAGAGAACCUUAAAGUGGGCGGUCCGUCUCCAGGAGAGCUUUUCCACCGCAGUGCAUCAGGAGUGGCUGUAGAUUGGUGGGUACUUCCAGUGCCAAGGGAAGGUUUUCUCCUCUGUGGCUGUGUGUGGAUGUUAUCGGUAGGAGGGGAGGAAUGGGGUGAGAGAUGGGGCCAUGUCAUCUUUUCCAAUCUGAGCCUGAGUCCUCACCAGAGAAAAACUGGCUUUGUCAUACCUGGAACCAGCCCCCCUUCCCCCCACCAAAAACCUCCACAGAAUUAAAAACAAAAACAAAAUUUAAUCUCUUUGGAAUUCGAGGAAGCAGGGGAAGCAGCAUAAAAUGUUUCUAGUUGGCAAAAUUCAUUUUUUUUUCUUUUUCUCCAAAUAUGAGGAUUGUUUGCUUUCGUUUUGCAUCAGCCCUAUUCCUAGAAACUUAUGCCCAAUUGCCUCCCCUCCUACUCUUCAAAACUUCCUUGUUUAUUUUAUUUUAAGACAAAUGAGUUGGAGCAGUUGCAGUAAAACUUCACAGGUGUGUAACUAGGAAGGCAACAUUUUCAAAAAAAUACCAUAUGAUGAGAACUCCUAAUGCUCACUAACAGCCAACAAUAAAAAUGCCAGUCUCAUUUCCCUCAUUUCUUGAGAGAAGAGAAGUAAAUGAAAGGAGGAAGAAAUAGAUAUGCAAUUAAAAGAUGUGGCGAAAAGAGAGAGCUGAACCAGUGCAAUUUAGCCUUCAGGUGCAGAACGCUGGCAGUCCAAGAGGAUGUGGAGUGGACUCAAUUAGACACGAUUGUCAUCAGCCUGAAAGUAGCCAGCGAAGCCUAAUUUCCCAUAUUUUAAAAGACAUUCCAUUUUGUUUCUUUCAACAGUGCCCUUUUAAAGGCACAGGGUUGUUUUAGUUGUUCCAUGACCCUGAGUGGGGAAAGAAAGAUGGUGAACCCUCUACUCUUUUUCUGGCGGGGGGGGGGCACAUUCUAUGCUAUUGGCAGAUUUAUAAUGAUAUCGAUCAUAGCAAUGAUAAGUAAUAAUAGCUGCCCUUGUGUUCAUUAAAGGGAGCUUUUUUAAUCAUUCAAAACCUUUUGUGACAUGUAAAGUGCAGUUGUGAGGAAUGUGUGGGUGUACGAAAAUGUAUCUGUCAAGUUCAGAGUCCUCUAGAUUAAAAAAAAAUUAUGACAUCAAUGGUGUCGUUAUAGCUGUGUCAGACCAUGGGUGUGCCCAUUUUCACAAUUGUCCUUAAAACAAAUCUAUGUUCAAAUGCUUUAAAAUUUUAUCACAUGAUACAAGAGUAUAACUUUGUCAGCCUUCUAGAGUUUUUGUUUUUCCCCUUCUAUUUUCUUUCUUAUUUUUUCCUUCAAAAAUCAAUGAAGACUUGAUUUCUGUCAAUAAUUGUAUUAAGGGUGAAUAUACUACCUGAAUUUUGUGCAUGUUACAUUGUAGUUGUAACCUUUUCUAAUUCAGGAUGAAUACGAGAUGGUUGUGAUUGUGCAGUGUAUCAAUAAAGUUCAAAGAAAUUUGUAA